AUGGAACUCUUCACUCCACUUCUACGACCUCUCGAGUCUUCAGGUCGCUCUUCCCGGAUGCAUCACCUCCUUGCUACCUACUAUGAAUUGGUCAAUACCAUCAUUCCGGGCCCACAGAGUCUCAGCUACUUCGUUCCCCUAGCCCUACUGCCAGGCAGCCUUCUCAUCCCGCCACAUAUCCUCUCACAUCAAGCUCUAGCAUGUCUAUCAAUGCCCAUAAUCGUGGGCUGCACAGUACACGCGUGGAUUUGCAUGCGAGGAGUCGACGUCAUCUCCGCAGACACGCUCUGGUGGUGUUUCUUCUUCCUCGUGUUCCGAGAUCCGAGAAAGGACUUCAGGAGACUCCGAGAGAACGGCAAGAAUGAAGGAUAUCCGCACAGGUUCUGGCCAAGAGUCAAGUGGGUCGGCACGUUAUUGACGGAGAGGCCACUCACGUGCUGGAAAACCGGAGAACCGUCGCACGAUGCGAAAGUCUCGCCGCCAUAUAUCCAACAAUCCCGACUGAGAUUCAUCGCAUCCAUCCUAUCUGUCCUGGUCCCUUCGCUGGCAAUCUUCAUGCCACUGGCCCUCCAACUCAAAAGACACGACACUUUCUUCGCAACAGCUGAAAACUCCCUUCGCGCAAGUUUCCCACCGCCGACCUCAUCUCAGCCACAGACAAUCCGCAUCCUCCAACGUCUCGUACCACCCUUCAUCCUCCGUCCCGCCACGCAAGGCCUAUACACCUACUCGCUCAUGACAACCCUCUUCCUCCCACCCUUCCUCCUCCCGGUCCUGAUGACCUACCUCACCGACUCCCCCCGCGCACACUGGAGCCCGCACACCUGGCCCCGUCCGCAUUUCGGUCCCAUAGCAUCCGUCUUCGACACGGGACUCCGCGGCCUCUGGGGGACGUGGUGGCAUCAGCAGAUGCGGCACGCAGUCUCCGAGCCGGGGAGAUUCCUCGCGAGGAAAUCGGGGCUGAAGAAGGGUGGAUUCGGGAGGUAUGCACUGAUCUGCGCGAGUGCGUUCUUCUUGAGCGGCAUUACACAUGCCGGGUUGGUUGUACCGGAACCGAGAUGGGCGGCGAGCAGGCAUGGAGCUUGUUGGGAAUUGAGAUUGCUGUUUGCUGGGUUCUUCUGGGUACAGGCCGUGGGGAUUCUGUUGGAGGUGAAGAUUGUGGAGCCCGUGGUUCGAUUGCUCGGGCGGCGGAGCGAAGUGAUGGGGAGAACUUUGAGGGUUUGCUGGGUGUUGGCCUUUAUGGGCUUCGCUUUCACGUUCCUGUUCGACCCGUUUAUUGAGGUGAAUAUCUGGGGUCUCUGGCCUCCGCCGAUGAUACCGGAGGGUAUUGGGAGUGUUCUCCGUGGGGAUUGGAUACCUUGA